UCUGGGUUCACAAGCAGUCAUGUUGUCCAUGCUGCUCAGGCUGUUUCGUCGGGACAGUACAAUACAACCAGAGACCAGACCUAGGCAGAAGGCAUUCUGUAAAGCAGGAAGAAGGAGAUGGCACUGGGGAAGACACAGGUCUGUUGGGAAAGAGUCCUCCCAAGCCUACACCAUCAGUGAGCAGGAGCAGAGAGUGAAGAGGUUGGAGAAGCUCAAAAGGGACCUCGAAAGAAUGAGUAAUGAGAGAGACGAACUCCGGGGAAUCCUGGCACAUUAUAAUGUCAAGGAUUUGAACAACAGGUUCAACUUUGAGACGAUCAUGCUGGAGAUGCAUCAUGACCAGGUGACUCGCGAUCUCAAAAACAUUCCGAAGCAGAUCAGUGAGGCCUUGUAUAAGUGCCAGGAGUUGACUAAAAAUAAUCAACUUUACAGCAUCAGGAACUGUCACCUCCUGACAGAAUCUCUUCAUAUGAAGAGUGAAGUAAAAAUGCUCUGGAAUGAAAACAGGCAGCUGCUUAAGGAGCAGAUUAUACUGGAAGUGUGUUCUAAGGAAACAAGGAGGCUAUGUGUGGAGGCCAGCAUGAAGAUUUAUGACAAAUUUUCCAAGCAUAUCCAACAGGUAAGAUGCAUGGAGGAUGCUUAGGAGCAGGUUGCCCUCAUGUCUAACCAUAAGCAAUGUCAAGCCCAGAUAACCAUCCUCCACCUUGUCCAGGCACUCUCCUAAUUCUUAUCCAGUUGUUCUGUGAUCAUUUACAAGACUUUCUGUGGAGUUAGGCUCUCUCAAAAACUGGAUGAUUGGCAAGCACACACUCCUGAUCAACUACAAGCAGAAGUUCAUUAAGACAGAUGGGGUGAACACACAUUACACACCUACAUGCCAUUGUACUAGAGGGGUUUUAUGUGGCUCCCUCCUUUGCAGUAGCACAGAACAUUGAGUGAUGAAGUCAGGGCCUGUAGCUAGUUUGCUUUGGACCCAUGGCUCCAGCUGCAUAUGUAGGGGAUGAUGGCCUUUUCAGACGUAGGUGGGAGAGAAGGUCCUUGGUCCCAUGAAGGCUAGAUGCCCCAGUGUGGGAGAAUUCAAGUGCAUGUAGGUGUAUGGCUGGCUCAGUGGUGGUACAUCCUCAUUGAAGUAGGAGGAGGGGGAUGGGAUAGGGGGUAUCUGGGUGGGGAAGAUGAAGAAAGGGGAUAACAUCUGAAAUGUAAUAAAAUAUCUAACAAAAAUUAUUUAAGAAAAAAAGGUGGGGGGAGAGGUCUUGUGUCUUUUCUCUUCCUCAAGCCUGCAUUGCAUGACGGUCUCCUAACUGAGCCUAGACCUUGGUUCAUACUGACAGAGCCUGACAGAUAGCUCAUCCAUCAGUCCUGGUUUCUGUCAUUGUUGCUAGAGUUCUUUCCUGUAGCUUGUAUUCAGCAGCUGACUGGAUGAACAGCGAUGUUUGAAAGACUUCUCUCAGGCUGAGGGUUGGGGUGAGAGAUGUGAGGCUUCAAGAAAAAGAUUUCUCAAACUCUCUCAACCUAGUCUGCAGAAGUUACUAAUUUUUUUUAGUCCACACGGGAUGGAUUACAGAGUCCUGGGUCUCACAUGAAACAUCAGAUAUUCACAGUAUACAUUCAGUGGUUCUUCUUGCAUUUUGGUCUCCUUACUGUUUCCUGCUAACUUAUGAUUUCUGGUAUGUGUGUGGGGGUAGGGGGGAGUCAUAUGCAUGUCUGUGACAAUAUGUAUAUAGAUGUGCCUGUUGAGAGGCCAGUUAAUUACAUGUGGUUUUGAUCAGUCUGUUUUGGUUAAGCUUUCUGACCAGCAUCUUUGAAUCUUCUGUCACCUCCCAGGCAGAGCUCCUCGAAUUGCUUUGUCUCAAGUAACUGCUACAAGGUUACAUAACUCACAGAGAGGAAGAACAUGUUUAUAUGUUUCAUUGUUUUGAGUUUUCUUGUUGCUGUUGUAAGAAAACAAUUUCUUAACUUAGAAGAAGCUAAUGCUGUCUGCUCCACGUGUCAGAUACACAAUUGGCCCACUGUGCUUUCUUAUGAUCUUUCUUGUCAUUCAGUUGAAAUCAGCAGGGAAAGAAGGAGAGCGUUUGUUUGCCAGGAUGGGUCUUACCCAAGACACCUAGGCUCCACAUAACCCACUGUUGAGUUAUUCAACCCUUUAUCAAACAAACAGAACCCAUGUUGCCAACACUUAAAAGUCAAUAAUUUCACAUUUAGCCCAGCCCACCCUUCUGAAAUCUUACCAUAUGACUUCAGUUUCUACUUCCCAGUCCUUCCUUCAUUCAUUACAAUUUCCUAGCCUGGGGUUUGGAGGCCCACCCAUGUGAGGAACAACCACAAAGCAGACAUGUAACUCCUGUAACCACAGCAGGAUAUGGGGCACAAAGGGGUGCUCAGCAACAGCUGGCUGCACACAUGAGACAAAAGGUGGCCCCAAAGUGGUCCUUUUCAAAGGAAACUUAUGGACCUGAACACCAGCCUCUUGUUCUAAGAUGGGAGUGUGGGGCUCACCACAGUGUCAGUGUCAGUUCACUUUGCAUCAAGGAAACAUGAAACAGAGCAGCAGCUCAUCAUGCUGCUACACCUAGCUCAUUAGAACAAAAGGAGACAAAUAGUGGUUUAAAGUCAGAUUGUCAAUCAUUGGUAGUGGGAAAUAUAUUUAUCACUAUUGAAACUGGUUAUAGAGGGAAAUCUAUUUCCCAUAUUGAAAUCAUUUAUAAGAAAAAAAAGCACUUUAGUACAUGGAGGUGAGUAGGAGGCUGCUGUGUCAAAUCCAUGGGCCUGAGAGUCAACAAAGCUGCUUAAGGGUCUGUGUCCACCUCUCUGCUCUUGGUGGAUAGUGACUGCCUGCUGGAAGGUCAGGUGGCUCAUUGCAUCUUCUCAGCAUCCUAGUUUGUUUUCCUCAUUACCUCCUGCCUACCAUUUUUUCCAACUUUGCCUAAGCUUGACUCAGUUAUCUUUGGCCUUGGAGUUUGUCCUGGGUAUAACUCUGUGAAACACUGAGUUGCUUGGUGUUGCAUCUGCAGCAAGAAGAAGGCCCAUACCUCUGAUGAGAUGCUAGAACAGGGCUGCCUCAGACAGCCCCUUAGGCUCCUGGUAGUCCAGAGCACUCACCCUGUGUUCUGUCUGUAGCACUCUGUAAAGGCUGUCAUUCAAAAGUGAUUUGGUUUGAGUUAAAAUCAUCCUCAAGGAGGGCUGGAAGAAAAGAGGAACUUCAGACAUGGCUGAUGAUAUAAAAUGGGGCAGCCCUGUGAGAAGCCAUGUCCAACUCUUCAGAAACUGUACAGUUUCUGUACUCCCCAUUGACACAGCCACUCCAGAACAAGAAGUAGGUGUCCACAGAGAAAUUAGGGCAAAUCAUGGUUGUAGUGGUACUCCACAGAGCUGCCCUGAAGUAGAAACUAUCCAGAUGUUCUUCAGUCAAGGAGUGAACAAGUAUACUGUAGUCCAGCCCUUCCAUGAACUAUUGCCUAGGGUGAUCAUACAUACCACCUUUUGGUCUUGAAGUAGUCAGAUGUAUUUUCCACAAAAUAUCCCUGACAGAAUCUCCUUAACUGAAAAAAGGUCUCACUUUGCAUCCUGGUUACAGAGAUUUCCUAGUUGUCUGGGCUCAUAGCUUUGGUUACAAAGCCACACAGGCUGUGGAAAAUGGAGGGCCUAUUGGAAGAUGCUGCUAACUUUAGAGUCCCUGAGAAACAGGGAGCCAGAGGCAGGAACUAGCUUGUCCACCCUGAUCCCAUGUGCCUUUGCUGGGAACCAAGCCUACUGUGCACAGCCUUGGGAACUUCCUAAGCAGGCUUGCAUACCAGGGCAAAACUCCAUAUUUCUAUCCUUUGUUUAUUAGGGAAAAGCAUUUAUUUUAUUGAGCUGUCUAUAGGCUAUGACUACCAUGUUCAUGUCCCAUUCAAGGUUUUUUUUUUCUUUUUUUUCUUUCUUUUUUUUAAAUUAAUCAGAUUAUGUUUGUGAGUACACUGUCUCUCUCAUCAGACACACCAGAAGAGGGCAUCUGAUUUUACUAAGAUGGUUUGUAGGCUACCUUGCGGUUUUGGGGAAUUGACCUGAGGACUUGCAGAAGACAAAUCAGUGCUCCUAACCGCUGAGAUAUGUCUCCAGGAUUUUUCAAUUCAAGUGUUUAUUUCUUAUGGCUUUAUAGUGUCCUGGAUGAUCUCUUAUAUUAACAUGAACAGGGAAAGUCAAAAUGUUCCUGCAACUGUAUGUAUGAACAUGUGCUUGUGUGUUCAGGAAUGUGUGUGUCUGUCUUUGGGUGUGAUUGUGUGUGUGUCUAUGUAUGUGUUAGUUUGUGUGUGUGUGUGUGUGUGUGUGUGUGUGUGUCCAUUGCUGGGCUCAAACAAUGCAGGAUCAUUUUGCUCUCUCUGAGAUAUGAGGUACUAGGAUGGGAUAGCAGGAGCCAAGAAGACUUCCUAUACCUGUAUAACUGUAUUUUUGGGUCUCAGGCCUUCCACAUGAUUCUCUCCCUCAGUCACCUAGGAGCAGCUCAGAAUAUUGUUCUGAUCUAGUUUAAAAGAAAUCCUGUCCAUGAUCAUUCUUGUGAUCCACAGAGUUUGUGUCGAUUGUGGACUCUUUCUUCCCUUCUGAGCUCUCUGGUAUGACCUGAGCCUAUUGUCCCUUAAGUCACCCCACAAAUAAUACCACAGGAACUAUUAAUAUAGCAGGGGUAUCCUUUUUCCUUCAUGAAUAUUUGUUUUAAAGUUCAAGGCUUUCCCUUGGGAAGAUUUGCAUGCAGCACACUCUUGCUGAUUAUAGUAUGUCUUCAGUGAGCAUGGAUUUCCUGUGAGAUGGUUUCUCUGGGGAUUCACAGAUGGAGGGGUUCACAAGUAGAACCAGGCAGGUUCCUGCACUCCAGAUAUAAUAAGAGCCUUCACUUCAAUGGUGGCUAGGUUCCCUAGAAGGCCUCUGUAUAGUGUUUGAUUCAGACAUUGCUACACAGUUAUUUUUCAGUAUAAUAUAUAUGGACCAUUGGAGAAAUGUGGUGUUUUAUUUUAACUCUAGCACAGUGUGUAGUUCACUGUUCACUUUCAACCCAUUUUUUAAAUCUGAGAAAAAUCCCAGGCCCAGGUGCUCUGUGGCUCUUCUCCUUUGGGGAUACAUGGAAUGACCUUAGCUGAAAGAUCAUACUGGAUUGUAUUGCUCAAUAAAGCUGGUGGUUCCUGGAUAGCUGACAUGGCAAGUCCUCAACAGGCCUUUGUCUCUUCCUCCCCUAGGUCUGAAAUAAUCCUCCUGAAGCUUAAACAGGCAGACCAGGUCAAGAUUUCCCUGAGACGCAACUCUUCACAAGGAGAACACAUGUUGAAGAGAUUAUUACCAUCGUAGGCAGUCUUUGGACAAUAUGUCCAAGGCCAGUAACAGGCUGUAGGUCUGUGCUGUAAAAUCUGCAGCUAAAGAAUGGUUUUUAGUUUAAUUAUAAUGUUUUUUUUAUUUGGUUAGAAUUUUGAUUGCUUUGAGUAUAUGGUUUCUUUGUUUUGUUUUGAAGUUUUGUUGUUUUUUUAUUUUUUGUUAUGUUAUUAAUUUGUUGUUUUACUAAUUUCAUAUACUAUAUAUAUAUUGACUCCCCCAUUUUAAGUUGGUAUUGAAUAAAUUUAAUGUAUUUUCAUGAUC